AUUGCAGGGCUGGCAUGACUUAAAUAAUUGAUUUGGAACAAACGGUCCAAUACGACCAAGAGAGUGGGUUUCUUAACUUUUCUUUAAAUGUGAAUCGAAUUUGUAAACUGGAUUCUGCCUGAUCUGCCGUGCACUUUAUCGACCGUCUCGUACUCGCCACAACGACAAGGUAAUCUGAGACGGUGUUUCUAACGAGAUUUCUUCCACGCAGCGCGAUCAUGCGCUAUUGCCGUCAAUCACGGAUCUUGUAGUUGUGUUUUUCUGUGCGCGAUGAGUGCCAACAUGGAUGUGGGUGCUGCUGAUGGAAAAUCGAGCAGUCGACCCAAGGAAGCUGCUCCUGACAAGCAGGCACGUUUCAAUCCCGCGUACAACAGUGGCGAUCCGUCUGGCUCUACUUCCCCGUAUCCCAAUAUCCCUCCAACUCCCCCCGUUGCCUCGCAGAAUGCCAAUGCGACAUAUGGUGGAUCGUUUGAGAGUGGCAGUCCGGUUAGCAGUGAUCCGUCGGUGCAGAAUAAUCCCGCUGCCGCGUCUCCUCAACCCAACCGCAUCAAAACCCCCUCUCCCAAUUAUCCCGCGGAUAUGCAGCCAGCCAAGACACCCCUGGAAUAUCAGCGACCCCAGUACACAUUUCCAGGCGUCCUACACUUCCUGCAGCAUGAAUGGACGCGUUUUGAGUUGGACCGCGCCCAGUGGGAAGUGGAGCGGGCCGAGCUGCAGGCGCGCGUUGCCUUUCUGCAGGGUGAGCGCAAAUCUCAAGAAAGUCUUAAAGUAGAUCUGGUCCGCCGUAUCAAAAUGCUGGAAUUGGCGCUGCGGCAGGAGCGACAGAAGUUUGCUCGUUAUAAAGUGGAGAUGGAGGGCGCACAGCCUGUUAAUAAUGAUGCGGGCAAAGCCAGUGAGGAGUUCAAUCAUGAGUACGGGAUGAGUGAUCUGGGAUAUGGUGAUUAUGUGCGCGAUACGGCGGAAGACAGUAGUGCUCUAAUAUCGGGUAUUUCCUGGAAGGAAGGUCGUCAUCUGCUGCGGCAGUAUCUGAAGGAGAUCGGCUAUACGGAUACGCUCAUUCACCUGCGCUCAGCCCGUGUGCGUCAGCUGGUCGGCAAUGCUAAUCGGCGGGUGGGGAACCCGCGGGGAGCGAACGCCGCCAACGCCACGGACGAGCAGGAACGCGUGAAGGAUGUGCCCAAAUCUGUGAUGGAUAAUGCGCUAAUGGUAGCGGAGAAUGCUAUUUGUGCCACAUUUAACCUGCUUAAUCCGCAUCCUUUGCAGUCGUCGCGGGAGGCGGAAGACAGUGAUGAGGGCGAGGAUGACGAGGAAGAGGGGGGUUCGUCGUUUACCAGUGUGUUUCAGCGGGAUAAAAAGUCCAGAAAGACCAUCAUCCCCAUGCGACCGCCCAAAAGUGCCAGCAAUGAGGAUAUGGCGCAGGUGAUCGGGGACGCCGAUACGGAGGCAGCAAUAAAGGAGUUCGAUUUUUUGGGCGCGGACACUGAGGGCAGUGGGGAGGCGCGCAGUGGGGAUGGCGAAGAGUGGCCGUCAUCGCCGAAUUUGGCUCGCAUGAAGGAAGAGUUUCGCAAUGAGCAGAAGGAUCGUCGUGGAAUGAGCCGGCCUAAACGUACGCAGCUGCAGGAGAUGCUGCAGAAUCUGAAGCAGGAGGAGGAUAUUACCGAUCUCACCGCAUCAAACAAGUACAGCCUUUCAUUUUCGGCUCUUCCCGAGAUAUCAUUUCCCACCGGUGAUGGAGGCCCGGAUGGAUCAUUUGGUCUGGGUGAAUUGGCAGGCUUAACAGUUAACAAUGAUACUGAAAGUGGAAAUUAUGACUUAUCAGCGAAUCGCGAUGGCAGCACGCGCAAGAGUUGGUCCACCAAGUACAGUCUUCGCAGUCAUUUUGACGGUGUACGCUCACUGACAUUUCACCCGGAAGAUUUAAUGCUCAUGACAGCAUCCGAUGAUGGAACGCUGAAAUACUGGAAUCUUUUCCGUAACUGGAAUGGCAACAAAAAAGCCUCGUCCGUGGAUUUUGAGCCGGUUUACACAUUUCGCGGCCAUAUAGGCCCGGUUCUCUCCACAGCCAUGUCUAACAGCGGUGAAUAUUGCAUCAGCGGUGGCGCUGAUUCCACAAUACGCUUCUGGAAUCUCUCCUGCACAACUGGUGAUCCCUAUGAGGCCUACGAUCCCGCCAUCGUCGGACCCAUCUUGGAGCAGCAUACGGAUGCCGUCUGGCAUUUGGCACAUCAUCCCCUGCAGCCGCUGAUGGUGUCCUGUAGUGCGGACGGUCGCAUAAUCUGGUGGAAUACGGAGAAUAACAGCAUGCUAACGCAGAUGGCUGUCUCCGAUUGGGGCGCUCCCACAUGCGCGGACAUUUUCCCCAAUGAGACGGCCAAGUUCUCGGCGUCGUUUGCUCAUGAUGCGGCUAUGUUCGAUGUGGAAACGGGCAAAGCAGUGGUCAAACUGAAAAUUCCUGAUAAUCCGGAUGAUUACAUUUACCGUAUUGUUAAUCAUCCCAGUCUUCCCAUUGCAAUAACCGCUCAUGAGGACCGGCAGGUGCGCUUUUUUGACACUAAUACGGGUGAACUGAUCAACUCGAUGGUGGCCCAUCUGGAUGCCGUGUCCUCAUUGGCCGUGGAUCCCAACGGACUGUAUUUGGUGACGGGCAGCCAUGAUUCUAGUAUUCGCUUUUGGAGUAUGGACUCCAAAACCUGCUUACAGGAGAGUUCGGUGCAUCGGAAAAAGCUAGAUGAGUCGGUGCUGGAUGUGGCGUUUCAUCCCAGUAAGAAUCACGUGGCCAGUGCGGGUGCUGACGGAGUUGCCAAAGUGUUUACAUAGCGUUUAAAUUGGACAUUUUGUUUAGUAUUUAUAUAUUUUUUGACUCAUAAUUUGGGAUAUUUAUUGUUACUUUUUUCUGAUUUUGAGUGUGGUUUUUUAUUUUGGUUCUCCCGUUUUUUUUCGCCCGCAUCUUUUGAAGUCUGGUUUGAUUUGGCUUUAAUUCGUGCUUGUUCAGACGGAAGUGGAACAAACUGUUGAUCCGCAAAUUCUGAUUGUACUUAAUGUUUAUUUAAGAAUGAUUAACAGUCCUGGUCGGCUUUCUGUCUGAUUGUAGCAUG